CUAAAAUCCAUCACUAGAAGGUGAACUUGUUCUCUAAGCUUUUGAAUGACACAAGUUCAACUAAUUUGGACCAAAUGAAGGAAAUGCUCAAAUUCAGAAAUUAUGUCACCAUAGCAUCGAAGUUUGUUUAGUCACCUUGGGAAGCUAUGGCUAGUUACAUAGAGCAUCUGUUUUCAAAACCUUCUGAAGAAGGACAAGGCAAUCACUUUGAUUCUGAUAACUCCAAGGCUGUUUGCACUGAAAUUUUGAGGGCUAGUAACCAAGUGUUGAGCAUAGAAGAUGCUUAUAGUCUUGUCAAACUAGGAGAAAAGACACCUCAAAAUAUCCUUAAUAUGCACCAAGCAUUUGGAAGAGCUUAGAAAACCUACCAUUACGUACUGGUUAAAGGUACUGAUAAUCUUGAUCAGGAAACCUGUGGAAUAAAGUUGAUCGGGAAUGCAAAGUUAGGAUAAGGAAAACCUGAAAAUCAGAACCAUGCUUUAAUUUUGUACCCAUAGAGAAGCUUCUCAAACAUUGAUAUGAAUCAGGGCAAUUACAUGAAGAAGAGGCUGCAAAGAAUGGAUCUAGAAAAUUAUUCUGAACUGGUUUCUUCCUCUUUCAAUCUAGUUCAAAAUGCUGAGGUUGAUUAUCAACCUGUUGUCCAUAUGGAUAGACCUUUGGAUUUGAAGUUUUCUGCAUAUUUUUCAAAAGAAGCUAUCUCGAGGAGUUUUGCAGCAGAUUCAGUUGUUGAUGUUGGAAUUUUGAAUAACAUUGUAAACAAUAAUGCUAAUUUGGGAUUCCAUCAUUCUGAGUUUGGUAGUGAUCGAACAUCUUUUCAGAAAGAACCUCUUAAUGGACAAGAUUUACGCACACCGGAAGGCGAUCAGAAGGUUACAAACACUGCUAUGGGAACAGGAAGAACAUCAGAAGAUGGUUAUAAUUGGAGGAAGUAUGGACAGAAACAGGUAAAAGGAAGUGAAUAUCCGCGAAGCUAUUAUAAAUGUACCCAUCCAAAUUGUCAGGUGAAGAAGAAGGUUGAACGCUCACUUGAUGGCCAAAUUACUGAAAUCAUCUACAAGGGUGCCCAUAAUCACUCAACGCCUCAGCCUUGUCGUCGGCCAUCACUUGGGUCCACUUUAUCAUCCGAGGAAAUGUUAGAGAGUGCGGAAGGCACUGGAACUUCUGUCAAAGUUGAAGGUGGUUUAAUUUGGAAAAAUUCCCAAGCUGGUUCAAAGGAUAUGAAGCUUGGAUCUGAUUCGAAAGCUGAUGGUCCGGAAAGAACAUCAUCGACAUCUAUUGUAACUGAUCUUUCUGAUCGGCUAUCAACUGCCCAAGGGAAAUCUGUUGGUGUGUUUGAAUCAGCCGAAACUCCUGAAUUCUCAUCAACACUUGCUAGUCACGAUGAUGAUAAUGACGAUAGGGUAGCCCAGGGAAGUAUUUCACUCUGUGAUAAUACAGCUAAUGAUGAUGAGUCUGAAUCAAAAAGAAGGAAAACAGAGAGCUGCAUGACUGAGAUGAAUGUGGCAUCUGGGACUUCCCGUGAACCAAGAGUAGUUGUGCAAAUAGAAAGUGAUGUGGACAUACUCGAUGAUGGCUAUCGUUGGAGGAAAUAUGGACAGAAGGUUGUAAAAGGAAAUCCUAAUCCUAGGAGUUACUAUAAAUGCACAAGUCCUGGAUGUCCAGUGAGAAAGCAUGUGGAAAGAGCUUCCCAUAAUCUUAAAUGUGUGCUCACAACAUAUGAUGGAAAACACAAUCAUGAAGUUCCAGCAGCCAGAAAUAGCAGUCAUGCUAACUCUAGUGGUUGUAAUUUGCCCCCUACUGGCCCCAACACUCAAGCUGCCCUUUCAUUAUCCAGAAGUACCCAUGCUAUAAAGCCCGAAACGCCAAUCCAAGAUUUUGCACAGCCUUUUGAUCAAAAGCCUGAAUUUAAAAGUGAAUAUGUGAGACCUAAUUUUCUUGGGGAUUUCAGCAAUGAUAUGAAGCUUGGGGCAGCUUCUCUGGCUUCCAUUUACCAAAUGAAGUUUCCUUCCAUACCAAAAGCUAUUCCUUAUAGCUCUUUUGGACUGAACCCAAACUGCAUUGCAACUCAUUCAUCUGGCUCAAUUGUAGUUCCAAAUUUUCCGAUUUUGCCUUUGAAUCUCCCAACACCUCCAAAUCUAUCAUUGACUGGUUUUGAUAUGAAUAAUGGUGGAAAAUCAACAGUUCCAACUCACUCUUUCCUUCCAGGGCAACAGUUAAAAGAGAAUGGUGCAAGGUUCCAUGGGAUUAAGCAGGAGAUAAAGGAUGACGACCUUUAUGAUCCUUGCCUUCCCAUUGUUGACCAUGCAAGUACAUCGUCACCAUCAAUUUAUCAGCAGGCUAUUGCAAAAUUUCCAUCCUAGAUGUGUUAUUUAUAAGAUGGUGUUGCUUCAACACGAGUUUCUCCAAAAUUGAAGGUAUGGAACCGUUUAUGAAAUUGGCGUACCUUCAUUGUUUGGGUGGAGAAAAUAAUGACAAGGAAGAAUCUGGUGGUAAAAUGAGAGUAAGAAAUGAUGCUCUGUAGCUACAGGGACUUUCUGGCUGUGUGUGGUUUUGUAGCCUUCACCAGAGCUUUUCAUUCAUUUUGGUAAUCACAAUAAAAUUUGCAAUUGUUUUGAUUGAAUCAAAUAAAGGUAGGAUAGCUGAGGUGCAGAUUUGGA